AUGUCGCACAUGCUCAUGAACACGACCACCGGCGCGCAUGUGUGUGUAUUGCCGACUGCUUCAACCCUCGCAUGUAUACAUGGACUCCCCAUGUUUAGUCCUUUGGCCGUCGAGGCCGACACAUCCAUCGACCAGCGACUCGGCGAUAGCGUCCACGUGGCCCGUCGUUUCCAAACACUGCGACGUCGCACAUACCGUCAAGUGCCAGCGGCGGUCGUGUACAGCGACAUGACAUGGCGAACGGGUCCGUCGUCCGCAGUAGCCCCGGUGGUGUCAUCGUGCAAAGUGCCAUCGCAACUCUGUCGGAAGAAGCGGGCCGUGGCCCAGUCCUUCCGCUCGGCGGGUCUUCACAGAGGUCGUCCGGCCGCGUACAAGGCCCUCCAUGAUGAAGCUGUCGGUGGUGCUAGCUCGGACGUAUACGUGGUCUGUUGA